AUGAAUUCCUUCAUCACAACAACAACUGUGAUGAAUACAUCUGCGAAUAGAAAACAUUGUCAUGCCUCUGAUAAAGUCAUUAAAUUACUGGCACUCUACCUUCAACAGGCGAAUAGCGAACAAGAGUUAUAUGAUAAUGGAACGAUUGUUUCACUAUCAACAUACCAUUUGGAAAAGUUAAAUGAAAAAUUGGCAGAUUUCGAGGUAACCCAAAAAAGGGAGGCCAAUCAGAACAAAAUUUUAAAGUGGAUUAUAGAUAAUAUUGUAAAUAGCUAUGAUACAAUCCAAGUGACGAAUAAUGACUUGGAGAUAAUAAUGAACAAGUUUAAAACUAUAGUUUCGAGUAUUGAAAUAUUUUACAAAAAAGUGAGGAGAUUUGAACAUUUAACUGAAAGCGAGAAGAUUACAUUAGAUUUGAGUUAUUUCCACUACUUGAAAGAGAUUAGAAUAACUGGAAAAUCUACAACUUGUACUUUUAAUUUGGGAUCAAUUUUAAACUCUAAUGAGCUCAAACAAAUUACCUUCUACAGGAAUGUAAUUGUUGACUCGUUCGAUAAAAUUGUCAACUCACAAACUAAUAAGUUAAUAUUCAUUGAUUGCCCACAAUUAAUUUCGAAAAUGGAGAAUGAUGAUUGCUUCGGAAAAUCAAUUCUGGAACACACAGAGGGCUUGUCUAUAGAAAAUUGCGAAAUUGCAGAGAUUAACAAUUCCAUAUUUAAGGAAAAUAGGGAAUGGAAGAAUUUAAAGAAUUUCAAGUUGACCAAAACAAACGUUGACAAAAUAUUGCUACCUGGUGUGAAUGUACCAAACUUGGCUGAUCUUUGUCUGCAACACAAUUCAAUCUCUAACAUCAAAUUCUCAAAGAAUAAUUCAAUAUGUACCGUAAAUCUUACAGUAUUGGAUCUAAGCUUUAAUUUACUGGAAAAUUUAGAUUAUUUUUCAGUUGUUAAAUUACCUAACUUGGAAAUAGCGGAUGUUUCUAACAAUUACUUGGAAAAUGUAAUAGGUCUCCUACAGGCAUGUGAUAAGGAUAAGUUGAAGCAGGUCUAUCUUCACGGAAAUAACAUUCUAGAGUGGAAUCAGAUUUAUCCCUUGACCUACUUCGAUAAUUUGGAGGCAUUGACUCUGGUUGAAAAUCCACUCCAAAAAGAAGAACCAGACUACCUCAAAGUGAUUUUGAAUCUCUUCUCAAACAAGACUAGACCUGAAUUUUACUUUGAUGGUGACAUUUACUAUUUAGAUGCUCUGCCCAAAUAUCCAUUCGAAAUUAUAGAUCCCAAGUCUAUUCUCAUAACAUUGCCUCCACCUCCUGUUGAGGUAACUAUUCCACCUCCACCAUUUGGCAUUCCACCACCUCCAAUGAUGGGUGGAAUUCCUCCACCACCUGGUGUUCCACCUCCACCAGGAGGGUUCUUGAAACCAAAAGUCAAAAAAGAGGUCUCCAAGACCAAGAACAUCCACUGGAAACCAAUUAGAAAUACUAAAGACAAGGUUAAAUCAGUUUGGGUUUUGGAAGAUGAGGACGAAGAAAUGGAUGAAGAACAAAAAGCCAUCUUUGAAAAAUUGGACAAUUUGUUUUCUGCAAAAAAGACUUCUUCUCCUUCAACCAAAGUUAAAAAUCCAAAGAAAGCCAUUGAUGAUGAGUUGAACACCAUUAUUGAUUCAUCAUUGGCAAGAAAUUUAGAAAUUUUGGUGAAUGGUCUUUUUAAAUAUUGCGAGUUGAAAACAUUGUUGGAUGCAAUCAAUACUAUGAAUGUUGAAUCUUUGACGAUUGAUCAAAUUAAGGGACUUUCUCAAUUUGUUCCAGCUACUGAGGAAAUUGUAAAGAAGAAAGAGGUUGUGGAGAAGUAUUUUGACAAUCUAAGACCUUCUUUAUUGUGGACAUGGAAAUUGGCUGAAAUUUCAAUACUACCAACUAGACUUCAACUCAUGCAACACAUGAAAACAUUUGACACAACAAGAAUUAGUGACACCAUUACUGCAAAAUUGAACACUGUAGAUAAUUUGCAGAAUUCAAAGUCAUUCGUAAAACUUUUGCACAUGUUGCUGAAAGUAGGUAAUUAUAUGAACAGAGGUAAAGCACAACUGGAAGAAGCUCAGGGUUUCCACUUGAACAUUUUACCCAAGUUGAGCGAUACCAAGUCAAGUAUUAAUCCUAAAACAACCCUGGUUCAUUUUUUAGCAGAAACCUUAAAGAAUGAAAAGAGUGAAUUAUUUAAUUUUGAAGUUGAACUUGAAUCUUAUGGAGUUUGUAGUUCAGACAUAUUCAAUAUAAAAUUGGAUAUUAUUCAACAAGAUUUGAAAGAAAUUCAAGAUGUAAGAGAAUUAUUUCAAUCAAAGAAACCAGACAUUGAUACCAUCAAGAAAAAGGAGAAGAAUCACAAGAUUGAGGCAAACUUUAGUAGUUUCCUAUCAAAAUGUAACGAAUCUGUCUCACAAGUAGAAUCUCUUUUUGAAAAGUUGAACAAUAGCUACAAGAUGGCAUGCGACUUUUUCCACUUUAAUCCUACAGAAGAUGAGGCACUGUCUUUACCUGGAGAUCCUCUUUUAAUUAUUGUAAAGGAUUUCAUUAACCAUUUCAAGAAGGCAAAAGAUGAUCUUGAUAAGGAAGAACGUAAAAAUCAACAAGCUCUCAAGCGUACAUUGACCUUGAAGAGAAUUCAGUCAGAGAGCAAAAUACUCAGUUCUCCAUCGAGUCCAAGCAGCCCAUCUAGUCCACUAAGCAGUCCCUCAACACCUUCCACCCCUACCACACCAUCCACACCUCCAAUUUCAACUAAAAGUGUUGAUUUCCUCAAGAAGAGACAACUCUCAAUCAGAUCUAAAAGUUAUUCGGAUUUGGAUGAAGAGAAUAGCCUUAGUCCACUAUUAAAGGCUAGAGCUAGUUUAAAGAAAGGAAGCGGUUUGAGAAAUGUUAAAGUUGCUUCAGAUUUCACUGCUCCAGAGAAGACUGAGAAUGAAACCAUUACCCAGGGUCCAACAGAACAAGACUCCUCAAAUGAUAACAAAUCUAAUAUUUUAGAAUCUCCAACGAUAUUAAAUUCGACUGAAGAUAAAAGCGAAGAAAUUGAAGAGAAGGUCACUCUGGUGGAAGAUGUUAGCCAACUAACAUUUAGUGAUGUUGAAGAAAUGAAAUCAGAUCCAGUAAUUGUUACUCAACAUCAAGAAGUCAGUGAAACAAUACCAGAGACUUUACCAGCAGAAAUGGAUUCAAUUGAAAACACAUUAUCUCAGGAAGUUAUUAACCCAGAAGCUCCAAACGAAGUUUCAGACAUAGCCUCUCCAAUUGAAAAAAUUGAAAAUCUACAAGAGAAUGAAGUAUCUACUAAAAUAGAAGACACCAACAAUGAAAAGGAGGAAAAUGAUCAAGUUAAAGUAGAGGAUAUUCCUAUUACGAUUGGAGAAGUGGAAGCAAUUGUUUCCGAUGUGGACCAAUCAGCUCCCCAAGAUCAAGAAACUACACCAGAGGACAAUGCUUCCAAUUUCCCAACACAAGAAAUCUCAAUUGAAAAGACUGCAGAGAAUGAAAUUCUUACCUCAGAAGUUCAAGAGGGUGUCAAUGAAACAGCAGAUUUCACUGAGAAAAACCCUAGUGAAAAUGAUAGUAAUACGGAAGACAAAAUGGAAAGCAAGGAUAAUUUGAUACCUCAACAGGAAGACAGUGAAACUGUCCAUGUUGCGUCAAUCAGUACUUUGAGUGUUGGGGCAACUAGUGAAACUUUGAUAUUAUAA